CUGCAGUCUCUGUCUCCACAACUGCUGUCUCCGGGGUCUCUUCCUGCUGGAACUGGUAUAGACAUAUACGUGAGUCCUCUGACAGAGGGUCUGAUCUGAGUGAGCUGUCAGUUCCGGAGACUCCCGGCCUUUGUGAGCUGUCUCUCUCCGCAUCAGGCCUCGUACGCCUCUCAGGCCCCUGCUGACUGUUUUCAAUUUCCCAGCCAAGCUGUCUCUCCCGGGUGUCUCUGGUUAUUUCACAGGCCUUUUCUCACUGUCUCUGAAGCGCCGUGGGCUUCUGGUUGGUUGUGCUGUGUAAAAUUCAGCCACGUAGCUAUGUCUCUUGGAUGUAGUACCCCGCAGUAUUUGGAUCACUGGAUUUAGCUUUCUUUGAAUUUGACACCGUUGGACUGUCAUGCUGUCUCGCCAAACCUGAGCAGGCCGGCUGUCUCACGAGGUUUCUGGAUGUCUAUUCCUGCUUCAAGGAGGCCUGGGACCCCAGGAAGACGAGAAACGGGUCUUCACCCCUCCGUCUAGAACUACCUGUACUACUUCUGAUGGGACGAGGCGUGUCACCAUGUCUGAGGUGGGGGGUGGAGGUGGGCGUCGACGCCUGCUGGACGAAGAAUUCACUCUGCAGGUGUAUCCUGGCAGUAUCUCCCCCGAGGUUAUAUACAGUCCUGUGCCCGCCCGCUGGCACACCACAGCAGCUGAUGUUAUUGAUGCCGUCAUCACAGCAUUGCGGCUUGAUCGGGGAAAGUGUUAUGUGCUCGCAGAGGUAAAAGAGUUUGGAGGGGAAGAAUGGAUCCUCAAUCCUACUGACUGCCCUGUUCAGCGUAUGAUGCUUUGGCCUCGGCUUGCAUUGGAAGCUCGGGGUUCAGGAGAGGACUACCGCUUUCUUUUGCGGGAAAAGAAUCUGGAUGGCUCAAUCCAUUAUGGUAGCCUUCAGUCAUGGUUGAGAGUAACAGAGGAACGCAGACGAAUGGUAGAAAGGGGCUUCCUUCCCCAACAACUGGGACCAGAGUGUGAGGAUUUGUGUGGGCUUCCAGAUCUCAAUGAGAGAACAUUGCUUGAAACACUUCGGACGCGAUACCGUCAAGAGAAAAUAUACACUUAUGUUGGGAGCAUUCUUGUGGCAGUCAAUCCCUUCCGUUUCCUGCCUAUAUAUAAUCCUAAGUAUGUAAAGAUGUAUGACAACCAACGUCUAGGGGAGCGUGAACCUCACAUCUAUGCUGUUGCUGAUGCAGCCUACCAUGCCAUGCUUCGACGCCAACGCAAUCAAUGCAUUGUCAUCUCUGGGGAGACAGGUUCAGGAAAAACUCAGAGUACUAACUUUCUUAUACACCAUUUAACAGCACUGAGCCAGAAAGGAUACGCUAGUGGGGUGGAGCAAAUCAUUUUGGGGGCUGGCCCAGUUCUAGAGGCCUUUGGAAAUGCCAAGACGUCUCAGAACAACAAUUCCAGUAGAUUUGGAAAGUUCAUCCAGGUCAACUACCAUGAAACUGGAACUGUGCGAGGAGCAUAUGUGGAGAAGUAUUUACUUGAGAAAUCUAGGCUUGUUUAUCAGGAGCAACAGGAGAGGAAUUAUCAUGUUUUCUAUUAUCUCUUGGCUGGAGCAAGUGCUGAUGAGAGAGCUGCUUUUCACCUGCAGGGACCUGAAAGCUAUCAUUAUCUUAACCAGAAUAUUCGAAAGCCAUUAAGGCAAAGUUGGGGAGAUUCUGGAGAUGAUGAGGUGGACCCCUUGGUUGGUGAGGGAGAGGAUCUCAGGCAUGACUUUGAGCGGUUGCAACUGGCAAUGGAGAUGGUUGGUUUUCUGGCUGCAACGCAGAAACAGAUUGUGUCCCUCCUGUCAGCCAUUCUACACCUUGGAAAUAUUCAGUACAAAAGGAAAACCUAUCGAGAUGAAUCCAUCGAUAUUUCCAACCCUGAGACAUUGAGCAUUGUGUCACAGUUACUGGAAGUCCGAGAGGAGAUGCUGCUAGAUGCUUUAAUCACCAGAAAGACUGUUACUGUGGGAGAGAAACUUAUAUUGCCAUACCGCCUUCCAGAGGCUGUCACAGUCAGGGAUUCACUUGCAAAGUCGCUUUACAGUGCAUUGUUUGACUGGAUUGUUUUCCGCAUUAACCAUGCUCUGCUCAACAUCAACAGCAAAAGUAUGGAGGAAGGCAGCCAGACUCUCUCCAUUGGAGUGCUGGACAUCUUUGGCUUUGAGGAUUACGGUAGUAACAGCUUUGAACAAUUCUGUAUAAACUUUGCUAAUGAGCGACUUCAGCAUUACUUCAACCUGCAUCUUUUCCAGCUGGAGCAGGAGCAGUAUCGAUCUGAGGGAAUUAGCUGGAAUAACAUCACCUUCUCUGAUAACAGCGGCUGCAUCAAUCUGAUCAGCAAGAGGCCAACUGGCUUAAUUCAGCUCCUAGAUGAGGAGAGCAACUUCCCUCAGGCUACUCACCAGACUCUGCUUGAAAAGUUUAAGCGUCACCAUGAAGGCAACCGAUAUAUUGAGUUUCCGGCAGUCAUGGAGCCGGCUUUCAUCAUUCAUCACUAUGCUGGCAAAGUCAAAUAUGGGGUGAAGGAUUUUCGAGAAAAGAACACUGAUCACAUGCGUCCCGACAUUGUAGCGCUACUGCGCAGUAGCCGCAACGCCUUUAUCCGUGGAAUGAUAGCUAUCAGCCCAGUAGGAGCAUUCCGUUGGGCACUGUUGAGAGCAUUCUUCAGAGCACUUUGGGCAUUCAGGCAACAUGGAAGAAACAGUAGUGGCAAGAAGGCUGGCUCGGGUUCCCCCUGUACAACAGGUACCCCUGGCUCAGCUCACAAAGGCCUUUCUAGCUUUAGCUUUCUGCAGCACCCCGUCCACCAAAGGAGCUUACAGAUCCUGCAGAAGUGUCAGACCGACCAAUACAAUAUUCCGCGACGGACACCACGUACUCCCCUUUCGGAUUUGCAUGGGGCAAACACAAUCCAAGAAAAGAGCCCCAGGGAAUUAAGCUGGGGUAAUCGCAGGCAGAGCCGGCUGUCAUCAUCCAACUCCUACCUGGAAGGUAGUGGUAUCUUCAUCAGCUCACCCAGCACUAACAUGAACAGCAGCAGUGACAGCAAAUUGCUGGAAAGAGCUCAUGGAAUCCUCAUGAGGAAUAAGAAUACGAAAUCUAAGCCUGCCUUACCUAAGCACUUGUUGGAUGUAAAGUCUCUGAAACACCUCUCCAAUUUGACGCUUCAUGACCGGAUUACGAAGUCUCUUCUGCAUCUACACAAGAAGAAGAAGCCACCCAGUAUCAGCGCCCAGUUUCAGGCUUCCUUAAACAAAUUGAUGGAGACUCUGGGCCUGGCAGAGCCCUAUUUUGUGAAAUGUGUACGCUCCAAUGCAGAAAAGGUACCUAUGAGGUUCAAUGAUUCCUUGGUGCUCAGACAACUUCGUUACACUGGCAUGCUGGAAACUGUCCGUAUUCGCCAGUCUGGAUAUAGCUGCAAAUACUCUUUCCAGGACUUUGUGACUCACUUCUCUGUGUUGUUGCCCCGUGAUGUUGCUCCUACCCGGCAGAGAAUUCAGGAGUUUUUCUGGAGACUUGGGCACAGCCCAGACCAGUACCAAGUGGGGAGGACUAUGGUGUUCAUGAAGGAACAGGAGCGCCAGUGUCUCAGGGAGAUGCUGCAUCACAUUGUACUUCAGCGUAUUAUCCUUUUGCAGCGAUGGAUGAGAGCAAGACUUCAGCGAAAAAGGUUCCUGCACCUUAGAGAGGCAGCUAUCACAAUCCAGAGGUGCUGGAGACAUUACAAGAGGCGAUGGAGUGAGGAGGAAGCUGAUGUCCUUUUUCAUUCUGCACUUACCAUACAGACCUGGUGGAAGUCUCACAGGAUGCGAAACAACUUUCUGCAAAUGAAGGCCUCAGCCUGUGCCAUACAGAGUUGCUGGCGGAAAUAUUGUUUACGAAGGGAAAAAGCUGCUGCCUGCAUCCAGUCUAUGUGGCGAGGAUAUGCUCAAAGGUUCCUUUACCAACAGCAGAAAAAAUAUAUCAUAGCUCUGCAAGCUGCAUGCAGAGGUUAUAUAGCACGUCGCAGGUUUCAUGCACUGCAGCAGAAGGUAAAGUGUACUACACAGAAUCACAUUUCUAUAGAUUCCUUACUGUCUCCAGUUGAUGACAGCAGUCAAUGGGAAGAUGGUCCAAUUGAGGCCCCGACAGAUCAAGAGCCUCCAACACCCACUUACGCAGGAGACAUGCAGUCCAGUGGGUUUGCAUCUGUGCAGUUUAGGGAGAGGCCAAAAUCUCUAGAGAACCCCAAUCAGAGACGUGUGGUCCGAGCUAAAAGAGAGAGCCGUCGAAUGAGGGAGCUGGAGCAGGCACAGUUUAGCCUGGAGCUGCUGAAGGUCCGGAGUGGAGGAGUUUCUCCUUCUGAAGAGCGGCGCUGGUCUGCAGAGCUCAUAGUGGACAGGAUGCCAGACACACCUGAAAGUGAAGGGUCUCUUGGCAGCUUAGAACUUUUUAGUUGUGAAGAAAAUUCUCUGCCUUCUGAGGAGCCUUUGAAAGAUUUGUCCCAUAGGUCUACGUUUCAUAGACUGACAAGCACAGAAAGUGAAUUAUCCCAAGACUUUUCUAAUCAUGAUCUCCCAGCCAUUCCAAAUUAUGGACCAAUAAGCACUCCUACCAAAGCAUCAACAACCUCUCCUAAACAUAAAUCACAAAGCACUCCAUGUAAUGAUACUGUAAAGAACCAUAGCAAUGAGUCUCCAAGCUCUCCUAAGUCUGUAAGCUCUCCUUUUCAUGGUUCCUUAAAUUUUAAUGUUCAUGGACAAUCUGUGUCUCAGACAAAAAGUCCUUUAAGUUCGCCUUCCCAUGUUCAACUCAACUCUCACUCCAAUGGAAUCCCAGUUGCUUCUUUACUGGACUCUCCCAAAUCACAUAAUGUUUCAUCCAAUGGACCAUCCCAGGAGCCCCCUAAUUCUCUAGACCUUGUAUCACCAUGCAAAGCCUCCACCAAUGGUCCCCCUUCCCCUGCUUCUAGUGCUGUUGAUAUCUCAUGGGGGGCAUCAUCCACUUGGAGACAAAAGUCUCCUAGUUUGGAGCUUUCAGAGAGUGCUCCUGCCAAGACUUCACUACCCAUUUUUUACAAGACACAUCUACGGGAACCCCUUAUGUCGAGCAGUCUCCCAACUUUCUAUGUGCCACACCAGGAAGUUACAGUAGAGGAACACAAUGAGACAGAUGAGUUACCAGCUGAUUCUAUUUUGCAUCGGCUUCAAAAGCUUAAUGAGGAAAGGGAUGAUAUGCAAAAGCAAAUGCAACAUCAGAAGGAACGUGAAAUGAUGGAGCAAAUACGCAGGGAAAAGCAAGAACUAGAGAGACAGCGCAAGUUUCUGGAGCAACAAGGGCAUAGUGGGGAUUCUCAGCUACAUUCUAUGAGGACCUCCAGGAAGUCUUCAGACCGACCCCAGUCGUUGCUUAUUCAGAGUCAACACUGGAAGGGUCCUCCCAAGCCCACAGUGGAAAUCAAAGGACUGAGUGUGGGAGGAAAGAGUGAAGUCAAUUUACAAAGUGACCGUCCAACAAGUGUGCUCCCGGAGCAGAGGAGAGGGUUGGACUCCAUGGGGGAGACUAGUGAUGUGACAAGGCGUCCCUGGUUGUAUAAUGCCAAGAACCCCAGUAUUUUCUUUACACCGCAGGGGAAUAUUAGCAGUGACUCCGACAGUUCAUCACAUCCAGUACGAUCUGCACGCAGCGACCUUGCAAAGAGAUUGGAUGCAACAGAGCUGUCUGGAGCCUCUGAGGCCCCGCACAGACGGAAGGCUCGCAUGGCGCGAACUCGUUCUGAUUUCAUGACUAGAGGCGCUUUGGGGGGGGGAGAAUCAGAGGAGGAUUCAGAUGAACAGGGGGAUUCAAGGCUCCCAAUUGACUCAGCUGAGGCUGCAGGCAGACUGGGCCAUCCCUGUCACAGCGACUCAGAAAUGAUGAUGCAGAGAUUGCAGGGAGCAGACAGACACACCAAACUGCAAAAAGCUGUGUCUCAAGGAGAGAUGUCACUUGUGUUUAAUGCUCACAGACCUCCAGAAGCUGACUCCAGACAACAGAGAGGGAAAAUCCGCUUCUGGGGCAAAACGAAGACAGCUGAGAAACUGACCACUCAGUCUGAAACUUCUGAGAUGGAUACUGAACCAUCAGGGAGAGAUGGAAGUUCUGUUUUAAAUUACAAUGAUGUGGAUUGUGGUUUAUGGGCUGUACCCCCCGUUAGCCCAGACCUUAGCCGGGGACGGGAAAAGGAAAACAAAGACCCUUCCCCAAAGGUGCAGCGAUGAAGAAGUGUGAAGAUCAGUAGUGGCUGCCUUGGAACUGCUCAAUGGCAGGAUGAGCGAGCACAGAUUAUCUGUAGCGCCAGUGACUUGAAGUGUAUGGAUGAAUUUCUGCAGAAAAAGAUUGGUGACUUGGAUUCAGAGGAUGGAAAGAAGGAUUCCAUGGUGGAUGUUCUUUUUAAAAGAGCACUGAAAGAAUUUCGUCAGAACAUCUUCAGCCUCUAUUCAACAUCACUUGUGGGAGAGGAUGGCAAAAGUAUUCGUUAUAGAGACCUGGGGGCUUUAUUUGAGCAGAUCAUGGAUAAGACAAUGAGGCAGCAGCAGUUGAGGAGCUGGAGUGAGUCUCCAGUCAGAGUCUGGAUCAAUACAUUCAAGGUCUUCCUGGAUGAAUUUGUGACUGAAUAUAAACCCAUGAAUUACACACCUGGGAAGAGUCAAAAAACAGAAAGGAAGAAAAGGAGGAAGAAAGAAUCAGACAUAGUAGAGGAACAUAAUGGUCACGUAUUUAAAGCCACGCAAUACAACAUUCCAACAUAUUGUGAAUACUGCUCCUCUCUCAUCUGGAUCAUGGACCGAGCUGCUGUCUGCAAAUUGUGUAGAUUUGCCUGCCACAAGAAAUGCUGCUCUCAGAUUAGCACCAUGUGCUCUAAGAAGUAUGACCUAGAGUUGUCUUCCCGUCAAUUUGGAGUAGAGUUGUCCCGUCUUACUAAUGAGGAUCGGACAGUCCCAUUGUUACUAGAAAAGUUAAUCAAUUAUAUAGAAAUGCAUGGACUAUAUACAGAGGGAAUAUACAGGAAACCUGGCUCUACAAAUAAAAUUCGGGAACUCAGGCAAAUCUUGGAUACAGAUAUUGAUAGUGUUAAUCUGGAUGAUUACAAUAUUCAUGUGAUUGCCAGUGUAUUUAAGCAGUGGCUGCGGGAGCUACCUAAUCCAUUGAUGACGUUUGAGCUGUAUGAAGAAUUUCUCAGAUCUAUGGGUCUUGGUGAGCGUAAAGAGACUGUUCGAGGAGUGUAUUCUGUAAUAGAUCAGCUAUCGAGGACGCACCUUAGUACCCUGGAGAGACUCAUCUUCCACCUAGUCAGGAUUGCACAGCAGGAAGACACUAAUCGCAUGUCUGCGAAUGCUUUGGCCAUCGUAUUUGCUCCAUGUAUCCUGCGUUGCCCAGAUACCACAGACCCUUUGCAGAGUGUACAAGAUAUUGGAAAGACUACUGCUUGUGUGGAGCUGAUCGUAAUGGAGCAGAUGACCAAAUACAGAGCUCGCUUAAAGGACAUCAACAGCCUAGAGUUUGCAGAGAACAAAGCCAAGAGUCGCCUGUCCUUGAUACGCAGAUCCAUGGGAAAAGGACGUCUUCGAUCAAAUUUGGCACCUGUGAUCUCUGGACGGGCUCCUAUGCCUCCAGAUGCAACUGGCGAUCACAUGUUGUCUACAAUUCCUUCAGAGGAUGAAACGACAGAUCAGCAGGAAGCUGCCAUGCAACAAGAGGAGAGGGUGCUAGCGCAACAGAUCGAGACUCUCCAGAAAGAGAAGGAGGAACUGGCUUAUGAAAUGUUGGCUCUCGAACCACGUGCAUCAGAUGAUGAGACUCUGGAGUCUGAAGCAUCCCUUGGGACAGCAGACAGUUCUGAAAACCUGAACUGUGAAUCUGAAAGUGCUUCUUCCAUUAGAAUAGCAGAGAGAAGUGCUGUUCUGAGCUCUUCACGAGGCCCAAGAUCAUCAGAGCAGACUAGAACACGCAGACAGGCUAAGAGAGAGAGUGACCGUACUGAUAGUGUAGACCGCAACUUGUCCUCACCUACAGCAUCAUCCUGCCUUCCUCACCUAGGUCGGAAGAGAUUUCAUCUGCACCCCAAGUCUCCUUUCUACAGGGCUAUUGGGGAUAGCCGAGAACCAACACAGUCAAAUACUCUGGAUUCUGGGGUCCCACCGCAUUUCACAAGCCGUGGAACAUUUAACCCAGAGAAGGGGCGACAGAAACUCAAAAAUGUUAAACAGUCACCCCAGAAAUCAGCAGAGCCUGGGGAGCAAAGGAUACUGGGGACAGAUGGCAGCUCACAGUCUCUUGUUUUGUUUGGAAACAAUGAGUUCAUGGUCUGAAGGGGACAAACCAUCUUUUAAUUUCCUGUCCUUCAACUUGUCUGCCAAAUCCUAUGCCCUUGUUCUUGCCAAGUUAUCUGCCCAUCCUCAUAGCUUUUGCCUGGUGCCUACUGUGUGGCUAGGAGACAGACUGCUUGGCAUGCACUGCCAGAUCAUACCAAGGAUCAGAGGGGCCAUGUCUAAUGAAAGCCUUAUCCAGAUGACUCCGCCGCUUGCAGGAUAUCCUGCCACAGGACUACAUAACCCGACACAUACUGAUUCUCAGCAGAGGCUUUUAUUAUAAAUAUUAUAUUAAUAUUAUUAUUAAUAAUAAUUUUAUUUGUUUCUAAACCCCUUAUAAAUAAACCAUUCCCUUUAAUUUAAAGCUGCAUCUGCACUGUAUCCAAGAUGGUCACAAGAUGUUUUGGAAGGAUGAAGCCUGUCACAAUGUAUUGCUUUGCUUAUAAAAUGGCCUCUCAUUCAUUCAGUACCCUUUGCAUAUGAAUACCAGAGACCUCUACCACAAUGUACACCACUUGUAAUGUGAACCUGUAGCCAUGGAGUUAAUGCAUUCCAGGGAUCUUCAGUGGGAUCCACCAUAUACAAUCAAGAAUAUAUUAAGUACUCCACAGCUCAGGCUUUCACAAGAUGAUUGCUCUGGAUGCUAAGAUAUGAGGGUUUUUAACAUUGGGUCUUUUGUUUUAUAGUAUGUGAUACCCUAUGAGACAUCCCUAGGGACACAAUUGCUGCUUCCUCACAAAGCAACUCCUACCCUGCUGCAGAUUUAUCCUAUUUAAGCCUGCUGAGCCUUCUAAUGGGCAGAGCCUUCCAGAAUGAAUGUAAAUGUUGCUUAUCUGGGAGAGACCUCUUGGAGCAGGUGUUGGUGGGAGAGUGAUGUAUGUAUUAAGUACAAUCUGUGUAAUAUUUCAGGCUGUAAAAACCAUCACAUUGUGAACAAAUCCCAGAGCUUAUUAAAGAACAAAAGCUGCAGAAUGUCA